UCCCAAUUGGUUUCGGCUUAUUUUACAAGAAGAAGUUCUUCGGUGAAUUCGCGAAAAGAUAAGAUUAUAUGGUAACGAGUGGACAGUGUUUAGUGAGGUUUUCAAGUUUACGUGCUUUUAGGUGUGGAGGAAUUAAUAUUCUGAAAAUAAAAGAACUUCUCCUUUUCGCCAUGGCUCUCUCAGGCAUUUUCAACUUUUUGAUGCCAGUUUCUAUGGCAGUUAAUCCAAAUUGUGAUUAUUACAAAGAUAUGAUCGCUGGUGAACAGUAUUAUAUCAGUAAUGAUGCAUAUCCUGAUUACUAUGGUUCUUCGACGUCCUGCAGGUAUAUGGCUGUUAGUCCAGUGGGAACAAGGAUCGUAAUGUCGUGUGAGGACAUUACCCUACCAGAUACCCAGGGAUGCAGUGGAGAUCGUCUGGCAGUGUCUCUAUCAGGAGAUCCAAAUUUUAACGAUGCUCACAAUUAUUGCGGGAAGGGAUCAAUUACUUUAGUGUCGCAAUCAAAUUCCAUAGUUGUAGGUUUAUUUUCAACGUGGAACUCACGUGGAGGCAGAUUUGUAUGUUCUUUAGUUUCUAUAAAAGAUGGUGGCUCUGGCACUACAACACCCCGUCCUAAUGUAUGCGAUUGUGGAUGGAAACAUGUGCUUAGAAUAGUGGGUGGCCGUGAAACUGGAGUACACGAAUUUCCUUCCAUGGCCGGUUUGAUUGAUCUCAGCCAGAACUCACUGUACUGUGGAUCUUCAAUUAUUUCAGAUAGAUACGUUUUGACUGCAGCUCACUGCGCCUAUGGAAGAGUCGCCGGCAACAUUGGUAUUUUAGUUGGUGAUCACAACAUUUCCUCAGGUUCUGAUACCGACAAAGCAGCUCUUUAUUCCACUCAAAGUUUUGUUAUACAUGAGAGAUACGAACCUCAAUCCCAAAUAAACGAUAUUGCAAUAUUAAAAACGACGAAAACUAUAACUUUUAAUUUGGAGAUUGGACCUGCAUGUUUGCCAUUUCGUUAUACUGGAACUACUUUUGAAGGGGCUACAGUUAUGGCUUUAGGUUGGGGUGCUUUGGAAUUUUCCGGUCCAAAAUCCGAUACGCUUCAAGAGGUAGAUUUACGAGUGGUAGGCAAUGCCCAGUGUCAAAGCGAAUUGCCAGAUAAUAUAAUCACCGCAAACCAAAUGUGUACUUUUGCUUCUGGAAAGGAUGCCUGUCAAAGUGACUCUGGUGGGCCUUUACUUUGGAUGGACAGUGGUAUUAGGCGACUUCAACUGCUAGGUGUUAUUUCUUACGGUUUGGGAUGCGCUACCAAUAAGCCUGGGCUUAAUACAAGAGUGUCUUCCUAUUUGGCUUGGAUUAUUACACAGACCAAUGAUGCCACCUACUGUAUUAAAUAAUACGAUUGACUUUGGAUUAUUGAAUAAUGAAUCAUUAUUUAAUAAAUAUUAAUUUAUUGACAA